AUGGAGGAGAAAACGUCGAAGGAGGAAAAAGAGAGAGUGAGUUUUGACACGAUCCUGCAGAGAGAGAUCGGGGAGAUAGGCUGGUUCCAGCUGCGCCUGCUGUCGUUGGCCGGGCUCGUGGUGGUGUUCAUAGGCUGGGCCAACUCGGAGUACCUGUUCACUACGGCUCGGAUCCCCACCAGAUGUCUUAUCCCGGAGUGUGAAGGCCAGGAAGCUGCGGAGUUCUUCCCGGCGUGGCUGCUGCACGCGGUGCCGGCGGCGGGCAGCGGCUUCGACAACUGCCACCGCUACCGGCCCGCCAACAGCACCAGCUACAUACACGAAGACUGUCCGAAGGAGAGUUUUAGUCGAGAUCGCAUACGAUGCGAGGAUUAUGUGUACCAAAAUACUGACACCGUUGUUUAUGACUUCGGCCUGGCCUGCGACGAGUGGCGCCGCACGCUGAUCGGCUCGGCGCGCACGCUGGGCAUGUUGGCCGCGCUGCCCAUCACCGGCUUCGUGUCGGACCGAUUCGGGCGCCGCGCCGCCGUACUGCUGACCGGCGCCAACGCCGCCUGGCUGGGCCUCGUCAGAUGCUGGGCCUACACCUACGUUGGCUUUGUCAUGUCAGAAUUUGCGGAGUCUGUGUUCGGCGCGGGGGGAUUUUCGAGCUCGUUUAUUCUUAUUAUGGAAAUGACCGGACCCAAGUAUCGAGUGAUAGCUGGAGCGAUCCUCAACACCUUCUUCGCCAUCGGACAAAUAUCGACAGGACUGAUCGCAUGGGCCGUGCCCAACUGGAGGAACCUCACGCUGGCUCUGUACGCGCCGCAGUUUGUAGUCGUUAUAUAUAUUUGGAUCAUGCCAGAGUCUGUGCGCUGGUAUCUAAGCAAAGGGCGAUACGAAGAAGCGGAGAAAGUAUUAAAAGCAGCGGCGCGGGCUAAUAAAAAGCAACUUUCAGAAACAUCUUUAAAAGCUUUAAGACGUGCUAAUGAAGAAGAAAAGAUAUUAAGAGAACAGCAGACAGCAGAACGACUCAACGAGCCGUGGUUACCGGUCCUGGUUUUCAGGCACAAAGCGAUUCUGCUGAGGACAAUCGUGUCUCCAGUGUGGUGGAUCGCCCUGACUUUCGUGUACUACGGCCUGUCCAUCAACUCGGUGAACAUGGUGGGCAACAGAUACCUGAACUUCGUGCUGGUGUCAGCGGUGGAGGUGCCGGGCUACUGGAGCGCGGUGUUCCUGCUGGGAAGGGUUGGCAGGAAGCCGGUGCUCGUUGGCGCCUACUGGACGUGUGCGUUGUGCCAGAUCGCGUACAUAUUUAUACCGGACGGUCUCGACAACGUGUCCUUGGUUAUUUACCUAAUCGGCAAGUAUAGCAUCUCCAUGGUGACGACAGCCUUAUACGUGUACACGGCCGAGCUGUACCCCACCAGGUACAGGCACAGGCUGUUCGCGUUCUCGUCCAUGAUCGGACGAGUUGGCUCCAUCGUGGCGCCGCUGACUCCGGCUUUCGGGUCUGCGGUGUGGGUCAGCUUGCCCUUCGUGAUGUUCGCGGCGCUCGCGCUGCUGGCCGGAGCCCUGGUGCUGCUGACGCCGGAGACGCUGGGCACCAGGCUGCCCGACACCAUGGAGGAGGCCUCCAACAUUGCCAACAAGAACUGACUUCAUUUAUUCUUAAGACUGUUUAAUAUUAGAUUCGUUUUCUUGUAUAAGUAUCAUUAGUAAGUACCUGCCUUUGUAAAUUGAUAAAAGCAAAAUGUCAUUCAUCACGAAAUAUCGAAAACCGGAUAAAAGGUACAAGGAUAAAAUUUGGCAGGGAGGUGGUUAGUUUUUUAGGUAUU